AUGGACAGUUCUAUUCCAGGUGGUCAAAAGACUCUUCAAAAGAGAAGAAAUGCUCAAUUACUGAAGGAAAAGAAGGCUAACCAAACCCCAGCUUCUGCUAGACAAGCUGGGUUCGGCGGUUCAUCAAGUUCUAUUUUAAAGCUCUACACUGAUGAGGCUAACGGGUUGAGAGUUGAUCCAUUAGUUGUGUUGUUCUUGGCGGUUGCAUUUGUCUUUUCUGUUGUUGCUUUGCACGUUGUUGCUAAGGUCUCUGGUAAGAUCUUCUAA